GCAGCUGUGCUUGCCAAAAUGGAACUUUUUCAAGCGCUUAGCCUCUUUCGGCGCAGAAAAUUCGAAGAUUGCGCCGCUAAAUGUACCGAACUGCUGCGCAAGAGUCCCCUUGACCAGGCGGUCUGGAUACUGAAGAUGCGGGCGCUCACGCUUCAAGUUUACGUGGACGACAUCGAGGCCGAGGAGGAGGGUUUGGCCGAGGGUCUCCUCGACAACGACACGAUAGCCUCGAUGCCGAGGCCUGGCACUUCGCUCAAAAACCCGGGCACUGUGGCUACCGGACAGGCGUUUCGACCGAGAACCCAAACGGAACAUCUGUCUUUGAAGGCCCUUGACUUGGCCGUGCAAGCGACCCAAGCAUGCCAGUACAAAGAUUGGUGGUGGAAGGUACAACUCGGCAAGUGUUACUACCUACUCGGGCUUACGCGGGACGCGGAGCAGCAAUUUCGCUCGGCCCUGCGCGAUUGCAGGACCAUCGAUGUGGUGCUCAGACUCGUCCGGGUGUUCAUCAAACUCGACCAGCCACUCGCCGCCCUCGAACAAUGUAAAAAAGGGCUCGAGUGCUUUCCCAACGAUGUGUCCAUAUUGACGGAAAUGGCGAGGAUUUUCGAGGGUAUGCACAACGUCGCCAUGUCCGUCAAGUAUUACAAGACAAUAGCUCAAGAGGACGCGUCCCACGUCGAAGCGAUUGCCACCAUCGGGUUGCACAACUUUUACAACGAUCAGCCGGAGAUCGCGUUGCGAUAUUACAGGAGGCUGCUACAGAUGGGCGUCUACAACGCUGAAUUGUUCAAUAAUUUGGGAAUGUGCUGUUUUUACGCCCAACAGUACGAUUUCACGAUAUCUUGCUUCGAAAGGGCUCUGAGUUUAGCCACCGACGAAAACGUUGCGGACGUUUGGUACAGCAUCUCGCACGUGGCCAUAUGCUUAGGAGACCUAAUGAUGGCAUCCGAUUCCUUGAAACUGGCUAUCAACGCUGACAACAAGCACGCACCCUCGUACAAUAAUCUCGGAGUGCUGGAGAUGAAAAGUGGCAAUGUUGCGAUGGCUCGCACAUACUUUCACGCUGCGGCGAAUAUUGCCAACUACAUGUACGAGCCGCAUUUCAAUAGCUCCUUUCUGGCAUACAACACUGGAGACUUACAGACUAGUUACAUAUCGGUACAAAAAGCUCUGAAGGCUUAUCCUGACCACCGCGACAGCAAAGAACUUUUGGAAAAAUUACAACAGUACUUUACAUACAUGUCAUAAUGAAAACAAAACAUUGUAAAU